CACCAUAAAAAACGUCAACUUAAAAAAAAAACUAAACAACAAAAAAGGAAACAAGAAAUUUCGCUUGUCUAAUGUGAAGACUUUUUUUGGACUUUUCCCAGGCAGAUCAGAUAGAUGUUUUGUCCACAAGAUUGCACGUAUAAUGAAUGCUCAGUUGUCGAUGGAGAAUAUUGGCGAUCUGCACGGAGUGAACCAUGAGCAGGUGCCCGCCACGGCUGACCUGAUGGGCAGCAACAGCCCUCAUCACAGAAGCACGGUGACCCAUCGCAGUAACCACUUGUCAGCCCACGCGCGCUCAAUGGGCAUGGCAUCAAUCCUAGACAGCGGCGACUAUCAUCAGCAUCGACCCCCGGAUCACGGUCUUGCUGGCCACCUGCACCAGGCUAUGACCAUGGCUUGCGAGGCUCCCCCCGGAAUGAGUAUGAGCAGCACCUACACCACGCUCACCCCCCUGCAACCGCUACCUCCCAUCUCGACGGUCUCGGACAAGUUUCCCCAUCAUCACCACCACCACCACCAUCACCACCACCACCCUCACCAGCGGAUCCCGGGCAACGUGAGCGGCAGCUUCACCCUCAUGAGGGACGAACGGGGUCUGGCGUCCAUGAACAAUCUCUACGCUCCGUACCACAAGGAUGUUACCGGUAUGGGACAAAGCCUGUCCCCCUUGUCAGGAUCCGGGCUGGGUGGCAUACACAACUCCCAGCAGGGGCUGCCGCCUUACGCACACCCUGGUGCCGCUAUGCCGACGGAGAAAAUGCUAACUCCCAAUGGAUUUGAAGCUCACCACCCUGCCAUGCUGGCCAGGCAUGGGGAUCAACAUAUGGCCGCCUCCUCAGCGGGCAUGGUGCAAAUCAACGGGAUUCACCAUCACCCUCAUGCCCACUUGAACGCCCAGGGCCACGGUCAGGUUCUGGGCUCCCCCAGAGAACAAAACCCAUCGUCAGUGCCGGGAUCGCAGGUCAACAAUGGAGGCAAUUCAGGGCAAAUGGAAGAAGUCAAUACCAAAGAAGUAGCCCAGAGGAUCACAACUGAGCUGAAAAGGUACAGCAUCCCCCAGGCCAUCUUCGCCCAGAGGGUGCUGUGCCGAUCGCAAGGGACCCUAUCUGAUCUGUUAAGGAACCCCAAACCCUGGAGCAAACUGAAGUCCGGCCGCGAGACUUUCCGGAGAAUGUGGAAAUGGCUGCAGGAGCCUGAAUUCCAAAGGAUGUCCGCUCUCAGGCUCGCAGGUGAGCGAACAAUCGCAUGCAAGAGAAAGGAGCAGGAGCACGGCAAGGGAGACCGAGGGAACAUCAGCAAGAAGCCGCGGCUGGUCUUCACCGACGUCCAGCGCCGGACUCUGCAUGCAAUAUUCAAGGAGAACAAGCGUCCGUCCAAAGAAUUGCAGGUCACCAUCUCGCAGCAGCUGGGUCUGGAGCUCACCACCGUCAGCAACUUCUUCAUGAACGCCCGGAGGCGGAGUCUGGACAAGUGGCUGGACGACGGGAGCUCCAACUCUACCAACUCCUCAUCCUCAUCAAGCACUUGUACCAAAGCGUGAGGGAGUUAAGGCUGCAGACUGAAAACCUCGGUGGAAAAGCUUUAAAGUAGAAAAUACAAAGAAACCAAACAAAGACAAAGACCUCUAGACAGCAGUUUUAUCCUUAAAAAAACCUGUUUGAGAGAGAAAAAAAAUACAACAACACUGAUAUUUAUAGUAUCCAAAGAAAACCAAAGACUUCUUUCACCUGCGUUAAAGACUUUGUUCUGCGACACAUUUAAGACGAACCUUUUGCAAAAAAGAAAAAAAGAGAAAAAAGUUACAAAAAACUCCCAAUUCACUGGUUGUACACCUUUUGACCUCAACUUUCCACCUUCUCCCCCCCCGCCCCCCCCUUUCCCUCCCUCACCCCUGUCAUUACCACUCAGUGUGAUUGGUUGUUAUAAUCGGAGGUUUACAGCGUAGUCAUGUCAAGUGGUUAGCCAUUGCGUCUAUGUUCCUGUUCCAUGAAAGGUGUAUGACGUUACUGGGAGAAAAAAAACACUGUGCAGAGACCAGUGGCAGAAGAUUCGACAGGAUGGCCCUGUGUGAAGAUUGCGCAGAGGCAUGACUGGAGUGUCACGGAGUCGUUCGGGUUCGCCCGGAAUAUUUCACUCGACCGCCGUCCGUCAAGAACCCGGAGGAUAGAGGCUUUGAGAGUCGAGAGUUGAAUCUGGCUGAAGGUCAUUUUGAAUGUCACCAACUCAGUAGUGCUUUCUUCCUAAUUGUUGGAGAAGUAUUCAGUAAACCAAAAAUAACACCAUACAAAUCAUACCCGUAUACUUUUGACAGUCAUCAACAAUCCCAUCAGAUUAUGUAGCAUUACCAAAGAAGAAACAAGCUAUAUUUUAUAGUAGAGGUUCCAAAGAGUAUUUUUGCAGCUUUUUUCCAAAAUGUAAACAUGAAUAUGUGUGACUGUUAAUUGAAAUGAUUUGGCAGUUUCGCUCCAAGACACAGAAAUGGCCAAUUUUGCAAAACUGCAUUCUGUUGUCUUAUGCUUAAACCAGUUCAGAACUCCAAAACUCAGAAUAAAAACAAUGCACUUAGCUAAAACGGUAUUAAACAGAAGAAAACUAUCUUCCUUCACAGUAGACUUCAGGUAGUACAAAAUAUGACAGUGAGCUAAAGACCCCUUGCAUUUGAAAGAAUAAUUUUACCAUAUAUUGGAGUUAAUCAGAUUGAAAAUGUUAACUACAAUAAUAUUCAUCCUACUCUAUUUUGACAAAGCUCUAUCAUGGGAAAAAGGAAGGAAAUUGAAAUUUUAACUUCAAAACAAGACUGUAGAAGUAGGUCUCAGCUCUUACAUGAGCAUGAAAUGUAAGUAACCUGCAGGUAUUGAGGCAGAGGAAAAUGAUUGAUAUGCAUAAUAACCUGCACACAUCAGACUGAGAUCAUUAGGACAAAGCCAUUUAUAGAGGAUGGCAAUGGUGGAACACAUCAAUGAAAAUAAUUUUUUUUUUACCCAGACAACUCUUAUUUACAACUGGACAACAUAUAGCCAGCUGAAAUGUGUUGCCUAAACAUUUUGCUUAGCAUAGACCUAGUUCAUAUUGCUCUGUAAUUUCCUUUUGAUCUAACUAAUAAGCUAGCAUAAUUGUGGAGACAGUAGUAAAAGCUAAAAAUACAUUUCAAUAACUGUUUAUCCAGCAUAUUCAACAACAUUGACAUCAAAACAAGAACAAACUAUUACAUUACUAUCAAGGUAUUUAUCAAACUAAUGUGUCUUGAGAUUAGUGAGGAGAAACUGUUUUACAUUCUAAAAUUUUCCACUUUGGAUACAAUUCAAAAAUAGAUGGUGAUGAUGCUGAGUGUUACAAGGGCAAGUCGUGAAAACUGUUUGGACAUAUCCACAAAUUGUCCAUCAGUACCCACAAAACUAAUAUUAAUAAGGAAGUAAUCCUGACUGCCAAAGGAUUCUAU